AUGGCAAUUCUGACCAUGGAAUCAUUGGGAAUACCAUCAUCCAUUGUUUUUUCUACAUUCAUCUUUGGCAUCAUCACAUACUGUUUAAUUAUACUCUUCCACUCAAUACUACUUGUGACUAUUGUUGUAAACCGGAAUCUGCAUGAGCCCAUGUACAUACUGCUGUUUAAUUUGUCCAUAUGUGACCUUAUGGGAGCUACGGGUUUUUACCCACAGCUGGUUUGUAGUAUACUGUCUCAGAGCAGAGAAAUCUCCUACGCUGCCUGCACCUUACAAGGCAUCAUUCUUCAUCUCUAUGGGACUGGAUCUCUUUUAUUUCUCACUGUUAUGUCUUAUGACAGAUACGUUGCUGUUUGCAACCCUUUGAGAUACCACAGUCUGAUGACACGAGGUAUCUUGGUGAAAUUUAUUUGCAUGGUCUGGUCUGUAAAUUUUGCUAUGAUUGGGGCUUUAUUUGUGCUCACAAUAAGCAAAGAAAUCUGCAGGACAAACAUAGUGGACACAUACUGCAAUAAUCCCUCUCUAAUGAAGCUAAGUUGUGAGGAUAUGAGAGUGGUUAACUACUAUGGCCUGGCGAUUAUAGCUCUUGUACAGGGCUUUUCCAUACUGAUAGUAUCAUUAACAUAUAUCAAAAUCCUAAUUACCUGUCUUUCUAAAAAACAGACACAAUCUAUAGGUAAGGCAAUGCAAACCUGUGGGACACAUUUAGUUGUUUUUCUGAGUUUUGAGGUUAACAUAUUCUUACUACUGGUUUCUCACAGGUUAGAAGCAGUAUCUCCACACUUACGCAGGGCUUUUGGUGUUGCAGUUAUUAUUAUUCCUCCAAUUCUUAACCCUCUAAUUUAUGGGUUGAAAACAAAGGAAAUACGACAAACAGUGUUUAGGUUCUUACAAAAAAAGGUUUCCUCUAUCUAA